GGUGCAGCGCGCUUCCGCGGCGCGCCAGGAGCGCCAAGCGCGACUGCGGCGCGUCGUCCUCUGUGUCCGCGGCGGGCCCGGGGAACAGCAGGCUCGGCAGCGCGUGGGCGGCGGCGGGCGCGAGCGCGCGGUUCCUCAGCAGGCGUAGGGCAAGGCGCACGUCCCCAAACUCCAGCGCCGCGAAGCUGCGCAGCCCCGGCGGCCCGCCCCGCGACCGGAGCCGUCUCUCUAGCGCCUCCCGAGCGCGUCCGCGAUCCGCGAAACGUCGGUACACGUGGAGCAGAUAGCGCGCCCACUGCAGCGCCCUACGCACGGUCGUCACAUCCCAGGAGCGCACCACCGCCCCACACGACACGGCCAGUACCUCGGAGAAGCACUCCAUCUGUUGCACUAGCGGCUCCAUGGUGGCAGCUUCCGCCCUGCCGCUCCAAGGAGCUAACCGAUUGGGCGUGCGCGCGAGGGCCCGCCUUAGCGUGCUCUGCCAUUGGACGACGCCCGUGUCAGUCUCGCCAACAGGGUUUCCGGGUCCCUUGGCGCUAGAAACAAACUGGAAGGAAGUUGCAAGCUUCCAGCUAGCAGGGAACGCAUUUGUGGGGUUUUGCGCGCCAGGCUUUUACGGCACGUAAAAAUGAAAAUGGCCUUGGUGGACAUUUUGAGCGCUUCCCCGAAAGGGGGGUGACGUUCAUCGCAGUGCGGAUGUGUUCUGCGUGCGAGCUCAAAGCUGUCAAACAGCCCAUUUUCCAGGGGAGCAUGCCUCUCUCAGCUUCCUGCUUCGCUGCCGUGCUUGCCUCCUUCUGCCAUACCUCCUCUCCAUGGUGGACUCUUGCCCCUCUGGAACCUUGGAACUGUAUUAGGAGUGGAUAAAUGAUGUGCACUGCCCUGAGCCCCAAGGUUCGCAGCGGACCCGGCCUCUCUGAUAUGCAUCAGUACAGCCAGUGGCUGGCCAGCAGACAUGAAGCUAAUUUGCUGCCGAUGAAAGAAGACUUGGCCUUGUGGUUAACCAAUCUAUUAGGGAAAGAGAUAACAGCAGAAACCUUCAUGGAGAAGUUGGAUAACGGUGCCUUGCUCUGUCAGCUUGCAGCAACUGUGCAGGAGAAAUUCAAAGAGAGCAUGGAUGCCAACAAGCCUGCCAAGACUCUGCCACUGAAGAAGAUUCCCUGCAAAGCCAGUGCACCCUCCGGCUCCUUCUUUGCCCGAGACAACACAGCCAAUUUCUUAUCCUGGUGCCGAGACUUGGGGGUGGACGAAACAUGCCUUUUUGAAUCCGAAGGCCUUGUUCUGCACAAGCAGCCCCGAGAAGUGUGUCUCUGUUUGCUAGAGCUUGGCCGGAUUGCAGCCAGGUAUGGUGUGGAGCCUCCUGGUCUGAUAAAGCUGGAAAAAGAAAUUGAACAAGAAGAGACACUUUCUGCCCCGUCUCCUUCGCCUUCUCCUUCAUCCAAGUCUUCAGGAAAGAAGAGUACUGGGAACCUACUGGAUGAUGCCGUAAAAAGAAUCUCUGAAGACCCUCCCUGCAAGUGCCCAACAAAGUUCUGUGUGGAGCGGCUCUCUCAGGGUCGAUAUCGCGUGGGGGAGAAGAUCCUCUUCAUCAGGGGUCUUCAUAGUUGUGCCUAUGUCUCCACAGCCAAAGCAAAGCAGACCCUGAAGAUGCUGCACAACAAACAUGUGAUGGUCCGCGUGGGAGGAGGCUGGGAGACCUUUGGAGGCUAUCUGCUCAAGCACGACCCCUGCCGCAUGCUGCAGAUCUCCCGUGUGGAUGGCAAGACUUCCCCUGUCCAGAGCAAAUCCCCAACCCUGAAGGACAUGAAUCCAGAUAAUUACCUGGUGGUCUCUGCCAGCUACAAGGCUAAGAAGGAGAUUAAAUGAAACUGGUCCCUGAAAGGGGACCCAUGCAAUGGCCUGCGUCCAUUCUACAGUGUAGCCAAUGUAGUUCACAUGCUCUGAGAGCCAUACACAUCAUUCAGCAGGAAAAGUCUCAAAAGGUAGCACUAUUUAUUUUUUAAUGCAUCUGUAGAACUUUGCCUAAGGAAAAAAUUCUAAACCCAGAACAAAAUCAGACAAAUUGUAAGCACGUCGUUAUUUCUCAAUAUGUGCACAUAGUAUUUAGAACAAACCUUAUUAGGAACUCAGUUCUAGGUACAGCCAUUGGAGAUGAACAUGCCUACGAGACUGUAUUUAGCAUAUAUGGAUAGGCCAACAGAAAGUGCCUGCUGUAUGUCUAUGAGCUAAAGCACCCCAGAUACUUUUAUAAUGGGAUUUUAUAGCUAUUUUUUACAAGAUGACAAUGUGAUAAUGUGCUACAAAAGUUGUCCAACAGAACUAUACAGUACAAUCUUCACAGCCAUAAUACUUAACUGGAAAGGCCACUUCAGAGAUGUUUACAUUCACUUGGAAGAUUGCCUUAAAGCUCAUCUCUGAUCCCCAACCAAACCAACCUCUGGGGUACUUUGGAUGUUGCCUGUGCAGCCCCUUAGGAAUAGCAGGUACCUUUCACACACCAACACACACACACACAGGAGCUAUGUUUAAGAUCACUUAGUGAAAUUCACAUGUAUAAGCUGGCAUACAUUCACAUGUUGCUGUGUAGACCGCACAGUCAAAUGUUCAUCAGCUUUGUGAUUUUGUUUAUUUCAAGCAUUUUCUUAUUAAAAUAUAUCUUAGUUAGUCCUAUUCUGCUAUGCUGUCUCUUGAAGUAAAUUCACUGUAGUGAAUGAUCUUACAGACUUGUAUACCCAGGACAGGGCUGUUUUGUACCAAUGAACAGCAAGAUAUUGUCCACACUGAUUUAAGAAUUAAAAAUGAAAAAUAAAAAAAAACACACACACAUUAUCUGUCUCUGUAUCAGUGCUUCAACCUAAAAUAAAGUUAAUCUUCAAACUACUAAUUUCCUAGCAAAUAA